AUGGCCGAAGAUUACGUGCGGUCGUCCUCGGGCGCCAUGGGCGAGAGCCACGGGGCGAUGAGCGACUCUGAGAUGCAGCAAAAUCAGUUGGAGGUCGUUUUCUACCCCGAUUCUAACCACCGCCGUAAAUCAUCCCUCGUUACAAUGGAGAAACCACGAUUUAGACCUCACUUCGAUCAACAUGACAAGUCGACGGCCUGUUAUGUGCAUUCCCUUAUCGCCGGCGAAUGGGCCGUACCGUCGAGCCAUGUGGACGAGACGCAGGAUGUGAUCCGGACAUUGAGUGAUGAGGAGCCCAACGUGGACACAAAGUCUCUCGAUGAGGACGACGUGGUGUCCGUCAUCGAUAGCGAUAAUAAGAUGCUCAAACCCGUGCCGACCGUCAUUCAAUCGCGGCACCUGACCAAACGACAACUCUCUGAUAUGGCAUGGAACGUGCGGAAACUGUCAAAGAAACUCGGCAGUAUCAAGCUCAAGCUCACGGUCAAUAACGUAUUCAUCGUGAGCAAGACACACGAUGAGUCGCUGGUCAGUCUGACCAGGAAAAUGACCCGGUGGCUGUUGUCUAAGGACCGGGAUGCGCCGUAUAAUGUCUAUGUGGAGCGCCGUCUAGAGACACAUCCGGACUUCGGAGCACUGCAGCUGGUGCAGGAGGAGCCAUCGGCCAAGGGCCGAUUGCAAUACUGGGAUCCAAAACUUGCACAGGAGCAGCCGCACCUGUUUGAUUUUGUUAUUACUCUUGGAGGAGAUGGGACGGUCCUCUAUACGAGCUGGUUAUUCCAGCGUAUCGUACCGCCAGUUCUAUCAUUUGCACUCGGUUCACUAGGUUUCAUGACGAAAUUCGAUUUCGCCGAUCACCAAAAAAUCCUCGAGAAUGCUUUCCGGGAAGGCGUCAUUGUCAGCCUCCGACUGCGCUUUGAAUGCACUAUCAUGCGAAGCAAAGCGCGGUUGAAAGACCCCGACUCGAGAACUCUCACAAGCCGGGAUCUGGUAGAAGAAUUGAUUGGAGAGGAAGGAGAAGACACAUUGACACAUACCCCGGAUCGAGUCUACGAGAUUCUCAACGACGUCGUUCUGGACCGGGGUCCAAAUCCAACUAUGUCUCAAAUCGAACUGUUUGGCGACGACGAGCAUUUCACUACCUUGCUUGCGGACGGAAUCUGCAUUGCAACCCCGACGGGUUCCACGGCGUACAACCUCGCGGCGGGAGGCUCGCUUUCGCACCCUGAGAAUCCGGUUAUACUGGUAACCGCAAUUUGCGCACACACCCUAUCCUUCCGCCCGAUUAUCCUGCCAGAUACUAUUGUGCUACGUAUGGGUGUGCCUUACGAUGCGCGGACCAGUUCGUGGGCUAGUUUCGAUGGACGGGAGAGGGUUGAAUUACAUCCCGGUGACUACGUGACUGUGUCUGCAUCGAGAUACCCAUUCGCCAAUGUGCUACCCCAAGAUCGACGGGGCGAAGACUGGGUGCAUAGUAUUUCCAAAACGUUGAACUGGAAUUCAAGGACGAAACAGAAAAGCUUCAAGUAG